GCUGAAGAGCUUGGUGUUGGAAGAGAAGAUGGACGAGCUGAGUUGGGGCCAGGGCGAUCCAAGGGUGGUUUGUCCAGUGCACAGGGAAAGCCGAAGAAAGGGAGAGGACAAUCAAUAGCCAGAGAGGCGAAGAGAAGCAGACCAUCUACAGAACCAGAUUAUGAAGAUGAAGAUGAUCCGGAUUUGAAUAUGUAUGGGCAUGGUUCACUCAUGUAAGUUGGCAUUUUCUGUUUUGGUGCCUGACACAGUAAGAAACAAAUCGGCGUGUAGCCUUUUUGUUUUGCAUCCCAGAACAGAACUGAACCGAUCCAAGUAAAUCUAGAAACUAAUAUGCCAGCUUUACAUUAUCCAUUACUAUGAAGUUGCAGUGAGGGUUUUAUCAAAUAUUUUAAUCUGUCUAGAAAAAGUGAAGAACUCUAUAUGAUCAUAUGAGGUUAUAAGAGAAAGCAGUUCUAAGAAUGUUAAGAGUGGAAUUGGUUGGCAUGUAUCAUCAUGAUUCAUCAUUUGUGAUGGAAGCUUAAAAUAGAAUUUGUUCUUCUGGGUCCAACUUA